AUGGGAGCCGGAGCUUCUGGAACAGCCUCAUCAACCAUUGAGAAGGAAGUAGCUAUAUUCGCAUCUCAUCUACCAAUGGCAGAAUUAUUGAAUGGUGGUAUAAUUCGAUUACCAGGCGCUAGUGGUUAUUUUAACCCUGAUUCACUGUUGGAACCGAGCUGGCUAAAAGGCAAAAUGACAGUGGAAGAAUAUCGAUCAGCCAUCAAUUACAUCAACAGCUGUGCGGUUCGUAAGGAAUUGGAGAUUAAAAGUCAAAUAUGGCCAAAAGAAACAUAUGAACGAGAGAAGGCGAAAGCAGAAGCUGGUCAAGCAGCAGUUCAAAAGCUCAAUGAACAACAGAGUUCAGUUCGAUUCACGUAUCAGCAAAGUUUAGAAAAGGUUGAAUAUAUUCCCAUUUAUGAUAAAAAUCUCCUUUCAUAUAUUAGUGUAUUAGCAGAAAAAGGUCGUUACCUAACUGUACGUUAUUACAUUUACAUGAAUGUCAACUGA